UACCUCUUUACAGGAAGAAGAUUUAAGUUUUCAGGGAAAAGAGAAAAGGAAGGGGGGGAGCAGUGGAUAAGAAGAAGAGCUCCCUCUCUCCCCCACAUCCACAUACCCCUUCCGGUGCCAGAAAGACAUGUGAAUGGAAAGCGACCAUAUUCUAGCGGCUUUAGACUGGGGAGGAAGUUGAUGCGUUAAGGCUGAGGAGGGGCAGGAGAUUUAUGUCAGAACAUGUGUUUAGAUGAGCAAAAUCUAAAUGACAGCUGGACCCUCUUUCUAGCAGGUGCCGUGUGCAGAUUAGGACUGAGUGCACAGCUUGUAUCGUGUGCAAAACCUGAUAAGGAAUCCUGGUCCUCUGCUGCUUUUCUACUCCCCUGGGUGUGUGCUAAAAGGGGGGGGGGUCCCCUCUGGGCUCCCCAAAAGGAUGAACCAGAGUUGCAGGAUCUCUUCAGGGUCAGCAGUGACAUGGGCUGGAUGGAAGAAAAGUGUGGCGGCCCCUGCCUGGCCUGAAAUUGAAACAUCAGUCUGUGAUCUGAUUGCACUUUGCUUUCCAUCUCCUGCUCCCCUAGGCCCCCCACAGGGAGAAGCCUGUCUUUCCAGAAAAGUGAGCAAAAGCAUCUUUUCACAGUCGGAGUUGAUCCAAUAGAAGGGGAAGGAGAUGGAAGAGAAUGACCCAGAAGGACCUGGACCUGGCAAGAGAGCAUGGAAAUUCCCCUAUCCUAUGCAAGCUGUGACUGGUGUUGAAUUCUGGGAGCCAGCUAUGACUGAGACCUGCGACCAGAAGCCCUUGAACUCAGAAGUACAUUGCCAACACUUCCGACAGCUCUGCUACUCUGAGGCUAAUGGGCCCCGAGAGGUUUGCAGCCAGCUGCAUGGACUUUGCAACCACUGGCUGAAGCCAGAGAGAAACUCCAAGAAGCAGAUUCUGGACCUGGUGAUCCUGGAGCAGUUCCUGACCGUCCUGCCCCCAGAAAUGCAGUCCUGGGUUAGAGGCUGCGGGCCAGAGACCAGUUCCCAAGCUGUGGCCCUGGCUGAAGGUUUCCUCCUGAGUCAGGCAGAGGAGAAGUGGCAGGCAGAACAGAUGUGGGAUCUUUCUGUGAAGAUGGAAGCCAACUUCUCUGAGAUGGAAAAAGGUCCAUUGGGGGAAAGGCUGCAGGCCCAGGAGCAUGUCCAAGAUGCCCUCUCACAUGGAAAUGAAGACACAAAGUUGUUCCAUUUUCUUUGUGGAAGUGUAGAAACAUCUGCUGCACCUCCAGUCCAGUUUCCAGUUUCCCUUGAGGAGGUGGUUGUGUAUUUCUCUGAGGAAGAAUGGGCCCUGCUGGAUCUGGACCAAAGAGCUCUCUACAGGGAAGUCAUGCUGGAGAACUACAGGAGUGUGGCCUCUCUGGGAGGACCUGUAGAGGAGACUGUUGGGAGAUUCCAGGGGUUCGCUGUGGAAAAUGUCAAGGAUGAAGACUCCAAAAGAAAUUUCAGGUUUGGUGAUGGACCACAGAGACAGGUGGGAGAUCAUACAGCCAAGAGGAGGGAUAAGCCUGUUCCAUCCCAAAGAGAAGUUUUCCAUGAAAUCCCAGUCCAAGAAGAAUGGUCAAGCAAAACAACAAAGAAUGAAGGCCUCUGUACUAAUCAGAGAAUCCACUCCAGGGAAAACAAAAAUGAAAGUGUGGAAAAACUUGGGAAGACUUUCUAUAAGAACAUGAGUGGUAUUUCCAAAAGGCAGAUUCCCUCGGGAGAGAAAAUGUAUGAUUGCAUGGAGUGCACAGAAACCUUCAGCUGGCAAUCAGCCCUUAUUUCAUAUCAAAGAAUUCACUCAGCAGGGGAUGAGCAGUGGAAUGAAGUGGAUGAGGAAAUGGAUCAGUUAUUGCCAGAGGCAGUCAAGAAUGAAUAUUUGAAAGAUGUCAGGAAUCAAGAAGGCCCAACAAAACAGAAAGGAAGUCACAUUGGUGAGGAAAGGGAUGAACCCAUUUCUGGCCAAGGGCAGGAUUUCCAUGUUGUGAUCCAUAAGGUGGAAGAAGCAUAUAAGUGCUUGGAGUGUGGAAUGAGCUUCUCAGAUCAAACCCAAUAUGAGAUCCAUUUGCAAAUUCACAGUGGCCUGAACACCCAUCAAUACUUGGAGUGUGCGAAGAACUUCCUUUGCGGAGCAGAGCUUCUUAGUCAUCAAAGAACACAUACAGAAGAGAUACCUUAUAGCUCCUCAGGCAAGAGUUUCUCACAGAAAUCAGAUCUUCUUCUACACCAAAGGAUUCAUUCAGGAGACAAGCCACUAAUCUCCUUAGAGAGUGGAAUGACCUUUUCUGAUGGAGGAAAGGGUAAUGUACGUAUUACGCAGCACAGUAUAAUUAAGGCACAUAGAUGCUUUUGGUGUGGAAAGAACUUCAAAUAUAGAUCAGAGCUCCUUCUACACCAAAGAAUACACACAGGAAAGACACCUUUUGUAUGCUCAGAGUGUGGAAAGAGAUUCAGUCACAGUACCAUUCUUCAAAGGCAUCAAAGAACCCAUAUAGGGGAGAAAACUUUUGAGUGUUCUGAGUGUGGAAAGAGAUUCAGUCAGAGUAGUGGUCUUCAGCAGCACCUAAGAACUCACACAAACAAGCGACAUUUUGAAUGUUCAGAGUGUGGAAAAAGAUUCAGUCACAGUCGAAAUCUUCAGCUGCAUCAAAGAACCCACACAGGGGAGAAACCAUUUGAAUGCUCAGAAUGUGGAAAGAGAUUCAGUCGGCAUGAUAGUCUUAAACGACAUCAAAGAACCUACGCAGGGGAAAAACCUUUUGAAUGCUCAGAGUGUGGAAAGAGAUUUAGUCACGGUGGCAGUCUUCAAGAGCACCUAAGAGUCCACACAGGGGAGAAACCUUUUGAAUGCCCAGAAUGUGGAAAGAGAUUCAGUCAGAGUGGCAUUCUUCUACAUCAUCUAAGAACCCACACAGGAGAGAAACCAUUUGAAUGCUCAGAGUGUGGAAGGAGAUUCAGUCGGCGUGACAGUCUUCAAAAACAUCAAAGGACUCAUACAGGAGAGAAACCUUUUGAAUGCUUAGAAUGUAGAAAGAGAUUCAGUCACAGAUGGAAUCUUCAAAUGCAUCAGAGAACCCAUAUAGGGGAAAUACUUUUUGAAUGCCCUGAGUGUGGAAAGAGAUUCAGUCAAGAGCACUUAAGGACCCACACAAGUGAAGGAUAUUUUGAAUGCUCAGAGUGUGGAAAGAGAUUCAGUCACAGUAACAAUAUUCAAAGGCAUGAAAGAACCCUCACAGGGAAGAAACUGUUUGAAUGCUCAGAGUGUGGAAAAAGAUUUAGUCAGAGUGGCAGUCUUCAACAGCAUCAAAGAACCCACACAGGGGAGAAACCUUUUGAAUGCUCAGGGUGUGGAAAGAGAUUCAGUCACCGUAGCAGUCUUCAAAAGCAUCAGCGGACCCACACGGGGGAGAAACCUUUUGAAUGCACAGAGUGUGGAAAGAGAUUCAGUCAGAGUGGCAAUCUUCAAAGGCAUCAAAUAGCCCACACGGGAGAGAGACCUUUUGAAUGCACAGGAUGUGGAAAGAGAUUCAGUGAGAGGAGCAAUCUUUCACGGCAUCUAAAAAUCCAUAAAUAGAAUAAACCUUUGGAUAAACAUUAACCCUUAAAUAGAACAGUGGUAAGCUUUAUCUUAGUGAAUGUUUACCUACCCCCAAGGAAUGCUUCAGAAGCUUCUGACAAUGACUGGAGAAGACUGUCAAAUUUUGUAGGUGACUUUGAAGCCAAGCAUCCCCAGUCAGAGCUAGUACUCGUGGGGGACUUCAAUGCCAGGGUAGGAAAUGAUCUUAUUCAACUAUGCACCCAAGAAGAAGAUAUAGAUCAAGAACUCCUUCAGCUCCAUUUCACGCCAUUUCAAGGAGUUCUAAGGAUCUCAUCUCCAAUUCGACUGGCCUUCACGUAACCAAAUUGGCUCUUCUCCAUAACGAAUUAUGGUUGAAUGGAUUGACCAAAUUCCCAAACUCAGGCGAAUUUACCUUUAUUUCACUUCUUGGAUGCAGUGUAAUAGAUUACAUACUUGUGCCCCCUAAUUUGUUAGAUAAUUUACAAGCCUUUAGGGUAGCUGAUUUUUUUUUAGUGAUCACCUCCCACUCAUCCUCUCCUUCAAUGAGGCCUCAACAGUUCAACCUCCAAUCUAUAAGAUAAUUAAUACAACUCCUAUAAUAAGGUGGUCAAUGCAAAUAUGUAAUAAAGCUAGGGAAGCGCUAAAUAACAUCACUGUAGAUCCCUAAGUUUUUCUGUAGUCACAGCAGACAAUGCAAGCAGCAGUAUAGGAAAAUACGAACAACUUAUUUCACACCUGGUGGCCCUUCUAGGGGAAUCAAGUAGGAAGGGGAAUCACAAAGGCAGAGAUUGGUUUGACACCGAGUGUAAACAUUUGAACAAGCAGAUACAGCUUUUAUACAACAAAUUCAAGGCCUCCAAGGCUAAGUCUCCACCACCUGAACUGUUCAAUCUCAAACAGAUCUCAUUUAAAAAAAAAGUGGGCCUCUGUUCUGACAGGCCCCUUCCCAAAAGGCUGUUACCUGGAUUAUUCUCCAGUUACAACCUUUCCCAUUUUAGACAAAGCCUUCUAAAAUUCCCUCUGAAUGAAAAAGGAAAACUGGUUAAUAGCAAAACACAAACUUCAGUUUAGAAUACUUUCAUUAAAAAAAUACUCAGCAUUCCCCUUCUAGUUUCCAAAGCUCAUUCCGCACGUCGUGCCAAACAGUUAGCCACAGUUUGCAAUCACAGCUUCACAAACUACUGCGGAAUUGGAACAGAAGAUGUGAUCUUUUCUGAUGCCACCACCUGCUUCACUGACAGACAGCUAAUCCCAUCAGGUUGACCAUCAGAUUCUCAAACAGCCAUCAUAACAAAACUCUUGAUGUAGCCUCAGGUUUGUAGAUUUUAAGUUGAUGAGUAGGAAAUUGGUUUGUAAUAUCUGAAAUUCUCUUGUCUACUUUAUGUGGAAUUACAUUACUUUGGAAUGGAAGUGCAAAGAUGUUUCAAUCACCACCAAACAAAGACUGGUAACAGCCAUCGUGUUCCCAAUCAUGACAUAUGGUUGUGAGACAUGGACACUGUCAAAAAAAGAAAAGUGGAUGCCUUUGAGCUGUGGUGUUGGAGAAAACUUUUAUGAAUCCCCUGGACAGCUAGAGUCACCAACAAAGCUGUCCUGGAGCGUAUCAACCCAGAGAUGUCCCUGGAGGGCAAGAUCACUAGACAGAACCUAACCUACUUUGGACAUGUGAUGAGGGCAAAUUCACUGGAAAAAGAGAUGCUACUCGGAAUGCUCAGUGGUAAACGGAAACGGGGUAGGCCAAUGACUCAUUGGUUGGAAACCAUUAAGAGGGACAUGGGCAUGAACAUCAACCAAUUGAAAGAAGUUGUGGCAAACAGGGAAGCAUGGAGGGGACUGGUUUGCAGAGUAUCCAAGAGUCGGACACGACUGAACUGAUAAAGAAGAACAACAUUACUUUGAUGUCGUCACUGACAGAAACCUUGAGUGGCUUUACUUUGAAGCCCCAGCUAUCUGUUGAACUGGCACCUGCAUUCCAUUGCGACUUUAUUAUGUCAUUCCUCUGAACUGCAGCUACAAAUCUCCCUGACUGAUGAAAAGCCAACAUCUUCCUGCUUCUUGCAUAGUCCCAAUUCUUUCCUUCUCAGAGGUCUCUGGCCCCACUCCAAGUAUUGAUCAACUGCUACAUGAUUGAGCUCCUGGGCACAAUUCUCUGCUGAAGCCCCAAUCCCCAGUCUUACCUCCCAAGUUGCAGGCUGUCUGGCCACCUCAUGAGAUACUAAUGCUUUACUACCAUUUGUUUAUGUGACUAUUUAAUCUUUUAAAAACCUAACAACCAAGCUACUGAAUUCACAGAGAAUGUACUGCACCCUGAUUUACUCAUGCACAAGCCAUAUGUCUCCCCUGCCACCAUGUCAGGGAACUUGAGAUCAAGCCCUCCCUGCAGGGCUGUUGGGAAGCCCCUAACCCACCAGAUUCCAGGGUUACCAUGGUUUGAGUGCAUGCAUAAAGCACUCUUUAAAAUAACGUAUUUAUUAAGGCAUUUCAAAAAGGAGCAGGAAUAAAACAAAGCAUUAUCCAAAAAUGCAGCAACAGAAAAAUAAUAAAACUAACUCAGUCUGCCUAAUAUUGACUUUCAGCAUCAAUGGUUCAAACUUCCAAUUACAAUCAGCAAACAAAACUUGUCAUAGCUACAAUUGUCCAUUCAGCAGGAUGGUAAUGUGUAGCUAGGUGGUAUGAUGAUCCUCCUCCACGAGGAAACUGAAUCUGCAGAGUUGAGCUGGCACUAUGUAUCCACACUGGGGAGAAACCACAUAAAUGCUUGGAGUGCCGAACGAGCUUUGCUUGGUGUAAUGUCCUUACUGUUCAUCAACUUUUUCACACUGGGAAAGGUUAAAAAUAUCCCCUUAAUUUAGAAAAUAAAGGGGUUUUAAGAUCCUGGACUUCUGGAACCAGUGUGUGCAAUGUCUGACUAGGGUCUGGGAGGUCCAGUUUCCAGUGCCUAUUUUUCCACUGAAUGUUGCUCUUAUACUUUGGAUUCAGCACACAUUAUCAGCCUAACCUCCCUCAGAGGGUUGUUGUGAAGGAUAGAGCAGAGAAGAAGUUUAACCCUUUGAGGAGAGAGGCAAUGUUUGACAUUUGUUAUCCAUCUUGUUUUGCCUACAACUGUCAGAAAAUGAUGAUCUCUGAGGCUGUUUGUUCAACUGUUUUCUCAGCAGCAGAGUGGAGGUUAUCAACUAAGGGUUGGGAAAUUCCAGGAGAUUGGGGGUGGAGCCAAUGGAGGGCAGGGUGGGGGAGGAGGGAGGCCUAAUUGAAGAGGUGUACCGACCUAGGGACAUGAGGAUACCCAUGUCCCUGGGCGCACGCCGUUCACUCACAGGUGCCGGAGGGCCCCCCCCCCACAUGACCAAAGACUUGCGCCUGCAGCUAGCACCCCAACCCCCUCCCAGCCUCCCUGCAGGCUGCCUUCUGCAGGAAUCGGCCUCCAGGGAUGUGUGGGGAGCUCUGCUCCAUCCCCGCCCCUCAAGCCCCGCUUUCCAUCUCCAACCAAUUGAAGUUUAAGGCCAUAAAGUCCACCCUUUCUUCAGAUGAAAUUAUCUCUGAAGGACAAUUAUUAGUUAUUCCGGGAGAUCUCCAAGAGGAUGGCAAUCCUAGGCAGAAUGUUCAUUCCGUGUUCAAACCACCAUUCAAUUUUGUUAGCAUUCACGCCUCUGGUUACAAGUAAAAGCUAUUGCCUGUCAUUUCUUUUCCAAUCUCCAUCAUCAGGAUGAACUUCCAAGAUCAACUUGUCAUUAUUUAGCUCCUGUGUGCCUCUUUCCCUAAAUUCAGCCUGUUCCUCCCCACCCCCCAAUCCUUGUGUUCUUCCUGGGAGCUUCAUUCUUCCACAUUUUCUGCCAAGGUGGUGUUUCACGGUAUCUACUAUCCACUUGUGGGUAUUCUCCAAUAUCCUUACUUAGUAGGAAAUUAUAUAUUGUUUUAUUUAAAGAACUGGUAUGCCUUCCCUUCAGGGAGCUAUUCACAACUUCCUUUCAGGGAGUUCACAAAUAAUAAAACUAGACAGCAAUUAAAAGAAAAUAUCUAAAAAGCAUUGAGUCUCUCAGAUAAAAGCCGUGGGGUGGGUGGGUGUGGGGUGAGUGUGGGUGUUUUUCUUAAAGGCACAAGAAGGCCAAGAGAGAUAAUAGCCCUUGCUUCCUGUUCCUUUUGCACCUAUAAGUCCUAUAAAUGGUAUUUUAGUGUUCUUCUCUGGGAGUGAGCCCCACUGAAUACACUUGAGUAGGGUUUUGAGUGGACCCACUUAUAUAAUUGUAUAAUUGUUUUGUAUAAUUGUUAUCAGGAAACAUAGUAGGAUCCAACUUGUUUUUAAAUCCUACUGAAUGCGCUGUAAGAUCUUUUACACUUUCAAAUAAAAUCUAGCGCCUGUGAAAAUGCUUUCAGUUACCACCAUAAAUAUGUACCACAAAGACCA